CCCGGCGUCCUGACGUCACGUCCGCGCUGCCCCGGUAACGACCGGACGUCGCGAGCGCGCCGGGAACCCGGAAGCGGCGGCGAAUCGGUGCGGGCGGCGCAUCGGCGGGGCGGGCCCGGCGCGCGCAGGGAGGCGGCGGCGGCGGCAAAGUAGUCCCGGGAGGGCAGCGGCCGGCUGUCGGCGGCGGUGGUUGGAGGUCGGUCAGCGCCUGUGGCGCAGCGCGGAGGGGACUCUCGGCAACUCCCGGCGCUCUCGGGCUGCGCGGUGGCGCACGGAGUGGCAGCGGAGAUGGCGGCGGACAAGUCUGCGGGGCGUAGGAACAAGAGAGCUCAGGAACAGCAGUCCUUGGAGAAACGGAGAGCAGAUCAAGGUACUGAGAAACAUGAAGGAGCGGGUACUUCUGGGAUUACUGAUCAGGAGAAGGAAUUGUCGAGCAGUGCAUUGCAAGCUUUUCAGGCUGGAAACUAUGAUGCUUGCUUACAACACCUAAAUACCCUUCAAGACAUCAACAAAGAUGACUACAAAAUAACUUUGAAUACUGCUGUUGCAGAAUUCUGUAAAAGUAACCAGACUACGACAGACAAUUUGAGACAAACCCUUAACCAGCUGAAAAACCAGGUUCACUCUGUUGUUGAAGAAAUGGAUGGUUUGGAUGACGUUGAAAACAGUAUGCUGUACUACAAUCAGGCUGUUAUUCUGUAUCAUCUGCGUCAGUAUACUGAAGCUAUAUCAGUUGGGGAGAAGCUGUACCAGUUUAUAGAGCCUUUUGAAGAGAAGUUUGCCCAGGCUGUGUGCUUCUUGCUUGUAGACUUAUACCUGUUAACUUACCAAGCUGAGAAAGCCUUGCAUCUUCUUGCUGUUCUGGAAAAAAUGAUUUCACAGGGCAACAAUAACAGCAAGAAUGGAAAAAAUGAGUCAGGUAAUAAUACAAAUAAAGAUUCCUCGAAUCAGAAAGCUGAAAGUGGAGCUUUAAUAGAAGUUGCUAAAUCUAAGAUACAUCAGUAUAAGGUGAGAGCCUAUAUCCAAAUGAAGUCACUAAAAGCAUGCAAAAGAGAGAUCAAGUCUGUUAUGAAUACAGCUGGGAAUUCAGCUCCUUCUCUCUUUCUUAAGAGCAAUUUUGAAUAUUUGAGAGGCAAUUAUCGUAAAGCUGUCAAACUUUUAAACAGUGCAAACAUUGCUGAACAUCCAGGCUUCAUGAAAACAGGUGAAUGCCUAAGGUGUAUGUUCUGGAACAAUCUUGGCUGCAUCCACUUUGCAAUGGGAAAGCACAAUUUAGGAAUUUUUUACUUUAAAAAAGCCUUGCAAGAAAAUGAUAAUGCGUGUGCACAGCUGGGAACGGGCAGCUCAGAUCCAGGUAAAAAAUUUUCAGGGAGACCCAUGUGUACACUGCUGACUAACAAACGGUAUGAGUUGCUCUACAAUUGCGGAAUUCAGCUCUUGCAUAUUGGGAGGCCCUUAGCUGCCUUUGAGUGCCUGAUUGAGGCAGUCCAGGUGUAUCACUCGAACCCUCGUCUGUGGCUGAGAAUAGCAGAAUGCUGCAUUGCUGCCAAUAAAGGGACAUCAGAGCAAGAGACUAAAGGUCUUCCCAGCAAAAAGGGUAUUGUGCAAUCUAUAGUGGGUCAAGGCUACCACCGUAAGAUAGUCCUAGCGUCCCAGUCCAUACAGAAUGUUGUUUAUAAUGAUGGGCAGUCCUCAGCAAUACCUGUAGCCAGUAUGGAGUUUGCAGCAAUUUGUCUAAGAAAUGCCUUGCUGCUUCUGCCAGAAGAUCAGCAGGAGCCAAAGCAGGAAAAUGGAUCUAAAACUACGAGUCAGCUGGGGGGAAAUGCAGAAAACAGUGAAAGCAGUGAAGCAUGCAGCAAUAAAAGUCAUGAAGGGGAUAAAUUCAUUGCAGCUCCUCCUUCUUCGCCUUUGAAGAAACAAGAAUUAGAGAAUUUAAGGUGCUCAAUACUUGCGUGUAGUGCUUACGUGGCGCUGGCUUUGGGGGAUAACCUGAUGGCAUUGAAUCACGCAGAUAAACUUCUUCAGCAACCAAAGCUGUCAGGGUCUCUUAAGUUUCUCGGGCAUUUGUAUGCAGCAGAAGCUCUCAUCUCUCUAGACAGAAUAUCUGAUGCCAUCACUCACUUGAACCCCGAGAAUGUCACUGAUGUUUCCCUCGGGAUCUCUUCAAAUGAGCAGGAUCAAGGGUCUGACAAAGGAGAGAAUGAGGCAAUGGAAUCUUCUGGCAAGCAGACCCCACAGUGCUACCCCAGUUCGGUCACGUCUGCACGAACAAUGAUGUUAUUUAACCUUGGAAGUGCUUACUGUUUGAGGAGUGAAUAUGACAAAGCUCGAAAGUGUCUUCAUCAGGCUGCUUCACUGAUCCACCCCAAAGAGAUCCCUCCAGAAGCUAUCCUGCUGGCUGUAUAUCUGGAAUUACAGAAUGGUAACACGCAGCUGGCACUGCAGAUCAUCAAGAGGAACCAGCUGCUCCCUUCCGUGAAAACACUCUCUGACAUGCGGAAAAAGCCUGUUUUCCAGCCAGUCCACUCAAUCCAGCCCAUUCAGAUGCCAGCUUUCACCACUGUUCAAAGGAAGUGAGGUUGUUCUUCAACCUGCUGCUGCUGUGCCCAUGAGGGCUUGGGAUUUUGUAUAUUUUUUUAACCUAGGACACCAGAAUACCCCAAUUGCUGGAGUGUGUUUAUGUAAAUUUUUAAUAAAACGUAUAAACAAAA